AUGCUUGCUUUCAAAAAAAGCUUUUCUGUUUUACUGCGCCAUAGAGCAGACUUUUCGCAUGUCGUCAUAGGUGGUGGUGUUGUUGGUGUUGCUGUUGGUAGUGAGUUGCAACUGAUUCCAUCCAAUAAUGUAGCUGUUCUAGAAAAACACUCUAUGCUUGGGAUGGAGACUACCAGCCGGAAUUCAGAGGUCAUACACGCUGGAAUUUAUUAUCCACCUACAUCACUUAAAGCACGCCUAUGCGUACGAGGGAAAGAAUUAAUAUAUCGUAAGCUCGAUCCCAAAAUUGUGCCGUAUCGGCAAUGUGGGAAAUGGGUUGUUGCGCAAAGCGAGAACGAAGGCAAGUAUUUAGAAAAGCUACACCAGAACGCCUCCGACAUGUCUGUUUCAACCAAAUUUGUAACUGCUGACAAAGUUAAAAAACAGCAUCCAUUAAUAAGAGCGGAAUAUGGGGCCCUCGAUUCACCAACAACGGGUAUUAUUUCGUCGCAUGACCUAACUCAAUAUUUCCAAGCUCAGUUUGAAAAUGCCGAAGGCACUUUAGCGAUAAACACUCGUGUUUGUGGCUUAGAGUACCGCUCUCAAGUCCUGGAUUAUUUGGUGCAUUGCGUGGAGAUGGGAUCAGGUGAAAAAUUCACAGUCUCAACGGACAAUAUCAUAAACUGUGCUGGCCUUCAUGCUCCAAAAAUUGCCAAUAUGCUUCUACCGUCUUCAAGGCACUUUCGAAGUUUGUUUGCUAAAGGAAGUUAUUUCUCUUAUGUACCCGAAACACCAGUUUCAACCAGUCUGAUCACGACCCGUUUAAUUUACCCAUGUCCCCAUCCAAAUGCGUCUGGUCUAGGAACACAUAUGACGUUCGACAUGGGGGGUCAAAUCCGAUUUGGACCAGAUUUAGAGUGGAUCAAAGAGUCUAUCGAAGACGCUUCUACUUUGGACUACAGUGUAUCACUGAUAAAUAUUGAAGCCGCCCAAAAAGCCAUUGCAAGCUAUUACCCCAGUAUCAAAAUAUCUGAGAUCCAACCAUCUUAUUCGGGGUUUAGACCAAAGUUGUAUUCUCAGUCUGAAAGUGUGGAGAAAUUCAGCGAUUUCUACAUUAAGGAAGAGAAGGGGUUUCCUGGGUUCGUGAAUAUGAUUGGAAUUGAAAGCCCAGGUUUGACUUCAGCUUUUGCUAUAGCAGAAUAUGUUAGAGAGAUAUACCACUAG